UGAUGCUUUUACAUCAUAUUAUUUAUUUUCAUUUAACACUGCCGUCAGACAGCGAGCGAUUAAAAACAUUUCACAGUACAUAACGUUAUUUUGUUUAUUCGUGAUGUUAUCUUAUCAUAAUUGCAACAAGACUAAACCAAUUCUAGCGUUUUUCGUAUUUAUCGACUUUUUUUUUAUCAAUUGAUACAUUAUUAAUCGAGUGUAAUUAUUACAUCGUAGCUUUGUUAAAAUGCACAAGAUGUCGCUAUGUGUGCGGUUGACGUAAGGGCGACGAUUCAGCCGAAUGGCGUGUAGUGUCAUGGCGGCGAUGCUGGAGUACGAUGACCCGCUUGUUCGCGCGUUACACGCUGGCUCUUCGCGAUUGCGUCGUAGUACGUCAAGGCAGAUAUUCGUUUUAUCGCGCGUACAAAGCGAGCGUCGAGAAAGAGGGGAUACGUAGACGAGCGACGAGCCACUGCGCAGAUGCUUAUUUUGCUUGGCCGGCACGGGGGGACGGGGGUGGACGCACGUUCAUGGGGCAUGGCGCGGUGCGCGUUCUAGUAAACAACUUGUGUGUGAGUCGCGCGGGGAAUCUGCGCCCCGGUCGAGUAGUCGCGAUAUUUAUUCAACGACGCGGCGUAUCGUACCGUCGCGCGCAACGACGCGUCGCGUCGUCGUCUGAAAAUCACAUUGUAUCGUUGGUAAAGUGAUCAAGAAAAAAAUUUACGGAUUAAUUCAGACUGUGUGAACCGACUUGAUUCACGGCCCGUUUCGUUUAUUAUGCGUACGUGCGCCCGCGAGUGAUUGUUGCUCGUGGUUUGCCGAGAAAAGUGUCCCGGAUCUAACGAGGAAGCGGUUUUACAAUCGUGUCCAAAAAGGAGCGGAGCAACUAUCAACGUCGAUAAUGCCGCGGUGAUGACUCCGGCACGAGACGUCUUGAGAUUCCCGACUGGACGCCGUGUUUCGGACGACAAACUGUCUGGAUAUCGCCGAGGAAGCAGGAUUAUUGUUACGGACAGUGUGCACUAAUCGGCGCCGAGAUUUCCGAAUCCGAGAUAGCGAAUGUCGAACCGGCACAUGUCUCGUAUAUUCCAUGGAAUUGCUUAGUGCGGUGACUCGCCGACGGUGCCGAUUUUCGAGCACGGUCGGCUGAUAUCUUCGUGCGUGCGCGCACGCGUGUACUCUCAGUCUCGUGGCACGCCCACGAGAUUUCUCGUGGUUCGCAUGUGGUAAACGAGGGGGUCAACGAAGUCGACAACGACAAACACGCCUCGAACAACGUCGAGGAAUGAUGUGCGGCGUCUUUGAGCGGCCGUUGCCGAGUCCGUCGCCGCAUUGACGCUCGAGCUCUCCGUUCGGACGAACAGGACGGCAUCGACGUCGAGAAGGCACAAGCGAAACGCCGACGUUCUCCCCCCAAAUUCGUGAUAAGCGCAGCGUCCCUUUUCCAUCGCGAGAGAAAUUUUCGUUCUUCCGAGAACGGGGCGACAAUGAAGUCUUCUCCGGUCGCGUGUCACGCGCGUAGAUUCUGCGGUGAUGCGGCGUUCGAUGAGGACGGGUCGAGCAGUGCUGCAUUUCUUCGGAGACUCGCUCCACCGCUUACUAUUGCCACUGUCUGUCAUCAUCGGAUCACGACGCGGCGUUCGAGGACGCCGACGGCGCGUCGCACCUGCCGACACCGACGUCGACGAUGGCGUGCGAUCUCUGCGAGCGUCUUCGCGGUCGAACGGAUGGACAUUUCGAUCUAGUGGACGCGAUACGGACAGAGGACAGCCGCAUGGCCGACUGGCCAUCGAGACGAAGACGCGACGAAAAUAACUCGUUGACAAGUGAUUCGAAAGCAAGUGGUGAAAAGCGCGAUAGAACUUCGAGGUGCGAUAGAAUCCCACUCGAUGAAUCGUCCGCGAGAUGUGCUUCGAACGUCGUGCGGUGGAAGCUCGCGAGCAGGCUCCAAGCCAAAUCGACGGAGUGGCGAAGACUCAUGUGGAUUGUUUUCCUGUUAGCCAUGGUAUCAAUGGUGAUCCAUCCCGGUCUCGCAGCAGCGCAGAAAAACAUAAGCACCGUCAAAUCUUUUAACACAGACGGAGUGUGCCAAAGUAUAGAUAUAAGAAAUAGCGUAAAUGAAUUGUCAAAGCUGGAAGGAUGCCGAGUGGUCGAAGGCUUCGUACAAAUUCUCUUGAUCGACCGAGCAGAGCCAUCCAACUACACGGACCAUGUCUACCCCGAACUGGUUGAAAUCACUGGAUAUCUUAUUUUAUACAGAGUAAAUGGUUUGAGGAGCAUCGGUCAUAUAUUUCCGAACCUGACAGUAAUUCGCGGGCACUCUCUCUUUAUCAAUUACGCUCUCGUGGCAUUUGAAAUGAUGCACCUGCAAGAAAUUGGCCUCCAUUCUCUUACCAAUAUUCUACGCGGAUCCGUGCGGUUCGAGAAGAAUCCGACGCUCUGCUACGUCAACAGCAUCGAUUGGGACAUCAUCGCCAAGGCUGGCAAGGGGGAGCAUGUCAUAUCGGGUAACAAGCCAACAAACGGUUGUCCGAUAUGCGACAGAAAUUGCCCAAAGAAGCAAACGAAACGCGAUGAGACUCUGUGCUGGAAUCGACUACACUGUCAGCGAAUAUGCGAUCCGAAGUGCGGGGAUGGCGCUUGCGACGAUACGGGAGCGUGCUGUCAUUCGUCCUGUCUAGGCGGAUGCACAGGACCGACGGUCAACGAUUGCAUCGUCUGCAGGAACGUGGUAAUUAACGGUACUGAAUGCAAGGAUCGCUGUUUAAACGGUACUUACGAGUUUAUGAAUCGGCGCUGCAUCGGAGAGCAGGAAUGUCGCAGAAUGCCGAAGCCGCGCGAGGCGUCUGACACCGUGAAAAAGUACCCGUACAAGCUAUUUAACAAUACCUGCGUGAUCGAGUGCCCGGCGGGUUACAUGGAGACAGAAGGGAACGACCCGUCCUGCCGGAAGUGCAACGGUCAAUGUCUGAAGGAGUGCCCCGGUUCGAACGUCGACAGCAUCGCCUCGGCGCAGAAACUGCGCGGAUGCACGCACAUCCAGGGUAGUCUCGAGAUACAGAUACGCGGCGGCAAGAACAUCGUGAAGGAGCUCGAAGAUAGUCUGAGUAUGAUCGAGGAGAUAGACGGUUAUCUGAAGAUCGUACGCAGCUUCCCGCUGAUAUCCCUCAACUUCCUGAAGAACCUGCGCGUGAUACGCGGCAACACUCUCGAAAACCACAAGUACAGUCUUGCCGUGUUCGACAAUCAGAAUCUUCAGGAGCUCUGGGACUGGGAAACGCAUCCGAACCUCACCAUUCUGUCGCCGGCGGGUCCCGCCAAGCUCUUCUUCCACUUCAACCCGAAGUUGUGCCUGCAGAAAAUCGAAAUAUUGCGAGACAAGGCCAAAUUGGAAGAUUUUAACGAUCACGAUGUGGCGUCGAGCAGCAACGGUGACAAGGUCGCGUGCAACGUCACCCAGCUGAAGACGAAGGUUAUCAAGAAGACAUCCAGAGGUGCCAUUAUCGAGUGGGAGGCUUAUACGCAUCACGACACCAGAUCUCUUUUGGGCUACGUUGUUUAUUUUAUCGAGGCGCCUAACCGGAACGUGACGAUGUACGACGGCCGCGACGCUUGCGGCGGUGAUGGCUGGCGAGUGGAAGACAUCUCCGCUGAUAGCGUGAUGCCGCAGUCUCCGAACAGCACCGAUAGACAUCCCGAACCUUUCUCUCACAUACUGACCCUACUGAAGCCGUAUACCCAGUAUGCUUACUAUGUGAAGACUUACACUAUAGCCACGGAGAGAUCGGGCGCGCAGAGUAAGCUCGAAUAUUUUACUACACUGCCGGACGCACCUAGCCCGCCCAGAGCCCUGUCGAUCUGGAGUAAUUCCAGCAGCGAGAUGGUUAUGUCUUGGCUUCCGCCGCUCCACAAAAAUGGGAAUUUGACGGAAUAUCGUAUCAUCGGUCGCUUGGAACCGGACGACCCGAAUUUCAUCGAUCAAAGGGACUACUGCGAAGAACCUUUAACAUUGCCCGAGAAGAAACCAAUAUCUGUCAUGGCCGAGGAAGAAAGAAAACGCGCCGAGGAAGAGAAGGAGUUGGCGAAAUCACCUGAGACCACUUCGUGCAUCUGUGCUGACCGCGAAAUGGCAGAUCAAUCGAUCCGUGAAAAAGAAGUUUCCAGUUCGAUCGCUUUUGAAAACGCCUUGCACAAUCAGGUCUACGUCAAACGAAUGAUGAACGCGCGCCGAAGACGCGACACUAGCGAAAUGCUAGUUGCGGCAAGUCUAGGUCAAAUCAGCGAGGAGAAGGAGAAGGAUGCUACGAAAGUAGUGAAUGGCACAGUCAUAAUGUUCGACAAAAGAGUACCAUUUACGAAUCUUACUUUGGUCAUGAGAAACCUUCGACACUUUGCCGCGUACAAUAUCGAGAUUCAAGCAUGCAGAGAACGAGUUGGAAACGAGACGAAAAAAAAGAAUUGCUCGACGAAGAGCAUGAAAACGUAUCGUACGUUUGCUAUGGAGAGCGCAGAUAAUAUUCCACUCAACACUUUCCGGCUGUCUAUUUCUGGCGAAAAUAAUAAUAGUCUUACUGCGGUUACAUUGUAUUGGGACGAGCCGCCUCAACCGAAUGGCCUAAUUGUCGCGUAUCAGAUUGAAUACAAAAGAGUGGACAUAAAAAAUAUAAAAUCAAUGAUAAUAUGCGUUACAAGACGUGAGUUCACCAAGAGGGAUAAUUCGUACAUUUUAAAAGACCUUUCUGCUGGAAAUUAUUCUGUAAAAGUGCGAGCUACGAGUUUAGCCGGAAACGGCGCAUACACCGAAGUGAAAUAUUUUUAUAUUCCGGAAUCUGGCACGAUCAGUAAAUUUCAGAUUAUCCUAUUUUCAAUAUUGGGCUGUGUCCUACUCAUUCCUAUGACAUGGAUAGCACACUGCAUAUAUAAGAAAAAAUCAAUGCGGAAUGUGCCUAGCAUGAGGCUUAUCGCGACGGUGAAUCCAGAAUACGUGAGCACGAGUUACGUGCCGGACGAAUGGGAAGUGCCGAGAAAGAAAAUUCAAUUGUUGCGAGAAUUGGGAAACGGCUCUUUCGGCAUGGUGUAUGAAGGAAUAGCCAAGGACGUAAAAGGCAAAUCGGAAGUACAGUGCGCCGUGAAAACUGUAAAUGAAAACGCAACCGACCGCGAACGAAUAGAGUUCCUUAACGAAGCGUCCGUUAUGAAGGCUUUUCAUACCCAUCACGUGGUCAAAUUACUGGGUGUGGUAUCGCAGGGCCAACCUACAUUGGUAGUUAUGGAGUUGAUGGUGAACGGCGAUCUGAAAACGUACUUGAGAAGCCACCGACCAGACGUUUGCGAGAACUCCAAGACACCUCCAACGUUGAGAGACAUUUUGCAAAUGGCGAUUGAGAUUGCGGACGGCAUGUCUUAUCUCUCUGCGAAGAAAUUUGUCCAUAGAGAUUUGGCCGCUCGCAAUUGUAUGGUGGAUGACAAACUGACCGUGAAGAUUGGUGAUUUUGGCAUGACGAGAGACAUAUACGAAACUGAUUACUACAGAAAAGGAUCCAAGGGGCUUUUACCUGUCAGAUGGAUGGCACCGGAAAGUUUAAAAGAUGGCGUAUUCACCAGCUUUUCUGACGUUUGGAGCUACGGAGUCGUUCUGUGGGAAAUGGUAACGCUAGCUUCGCAGCCGUAUCAAGGCUUGUCAAACGAUCAGGUAUUGCGCUAUGUGAUUGAAGGAGGGGUUAUGGAACGACCGGAAAAUUGUCCUGACACGCUAUAUAACUUAAUGUGGCGUACCUGGAAUCAUAGAUCCUCGAAAAGACCUACCUUUAUAGACAUUGAGACGCAGUUAUUGCAAGAGAUGAAUAUAGAAAACUUUGAAAAAAUUAGCUUUUUCCACAGCCCGGAAGGAAUCGAAGCUCGAAAUCAAAAUAGUUCACAUUCACCGCAAAAUGAAGAUUUAGAAAUGGUUGCUCUACAAGACCUGCGGGAGGAAGAACUCGAGGGAGGAGAGGAUUCGCCACUGCGUCAAGACUUUGGUGACUUUGCAAGUUUUGAGCCUUGCAAUAUUAAAAAUACUUUAAGUCCACGAUACGGAAUAAAUUCAUACGGUGAAACUUCUAAUGCUACUUCCAAUUUCCAUGACAUGAACUCUUCAGAAGUACCUAAAGCUGGAUUUGACGAAUUUGGUGGCAUAUCCGGAGAUUCGCUAGUAUCUAGUAAGGACACAUUGAACUCGCCUUACGUAGAAGGUAGCCUUAAAUCAGUCAGGAGUUCGCCUUUUAUAUAUAAGAAAAGCACAUCCCGCAGUAACAUAAGUCAAGCGUCUUUGGGAAAGUCUGUGAGUCCGCAAGGUUUAGUCAGGCAAAACUUUCUCGACAGCCCAAAUUCGUCUAAGCCUCAAAGUGAUCCCGAUUACGAAAAUAGUCCCGAAAUAAUGUCGGGUCUCGAAAAGAAGAUUAGUCCGUUGCACAUAGAGUUUGCAUCUAUGGACGCUACAGACAUUGAGAUUAACGGUGACAAAAAGGACAGCAAGUACACGGCUGAUUACGUGAACAAACCGGAAACGUUGAAUAACGGUUACAUUGGUAAUACAACCACGUAGUUUCAAUAAUUCUCUCUAUCAGCAUCCGCGGUGUGAAACAAAUCGUAUAUACGAUAAUUCGAAAUUAUAUUCUUUGGGACGAAUCGAUAUAUUCCAACAAAAAGGCAGUGUCUGUGCCAAAUUUUUGAGCAUACUGGAUUAGAGUUUUGAACGGAUCACAUUUGAGCUAUGUUUUAUAUACAUGAGAGGAGGAUGUUAGUGUUCUAGACUAACGUAAGUUAUACUUGUAAGUGUAUAUUUUAAGUGUCUAGACGUAACCAAGAGUGCAGGUCCUAACAAACCAGUGGAGUUUUCUCAUACGGGUGUUACCAUGUCUUAAUUCCGUCUCUGUAAAUGUAAUUAACAUCGCUACGCGUGUACAGCUAAUUACAUGUUUGUUGUGCUGCGAUGCAUGUUGGAAAACGGAUAGCGGAUAUAUUUAUAUCAGAUACUGUCUUUUUGAAGUUAUCGCUGUAAUAUACGUUAAUAUAGAGAAUUUAGCUUACUGAAGAUCCGUUAUCAUGGAGUUAGAAACAGCUGCGGUUCAAACCAAACGUCUCUCCUGCAAAAUUGGGCUGACAUGAAAAACAUGCCAAGAUAUACCUGUCAGAUGCAUGAUGUCCGUUGACAAACACGUGGCAGUCCCUCUUCCCAUUAACUCUCUAGUGUGUAAGCGCGUAUCAAAGAAUUAAGCAGGUAUUCAUUACUUGUACCAUAGAUUUCCUCUUCAAUUUUCAGUCGCAAAGUACGCUAAUUUUUAUUAUAAGUAAUCAUAUAUUUAGCACAUCGAUUUGCUUUCCCAACGUUUACAGUAAGUUUAGUAAACCAAAGUGGCAAUUAGGUCGACUACCGCGUUGGUACGACAUUUUGUUCACAGCAAAGAGACCACAUUUUAUAAAUUUUGUGAAUUAUGCCUAGUCGCCACUUUGCACGAUUUUAGGCUUUGAAUACUAUAAUAACAGAUUCAAUAUUUGUUGGAAGAUAUAUAUUUGUGGAGGGUGGUUCAGAAUAAGUGUAUCGACUUAGCAAGUAUAUAUCGCGUUCCUUUAAUUUAUAAAUUUCUAUUAUAUUUAUAUUUUCUACGUUGUUUUAACGUUUUUGACUUCAUUGUAUCAACUGAUUCAAGAACUCUGAAUCCACCAAUUACUCGACGUGUAUGGCAGGAGAAUUAGAGAGUAAGGACCUUUUCAAGAAAGUCAAAUUUUCAGUAGUGAAUGUUUGGUUGAUAAGCGUUUGCGAUAUAGUCUGCAAAGAGUUUGUAAUCCCAAGUAAUUAUUUUAAUACUUUUAUUGUAAUUAUAGUAAAAUCUUAAACGAAAACAAUAUUAGUCUCUAGUCUUUAUACACGAAAUUAAUAUUGUUACAUUUUAAUUUCGAAACUAUCAUGAUCAAAUGUUAUGCUAGCGAUAUUAAUUUGAAUGGCGCCCUACUCUCGUUUCUUAUUCCGUGUAUUUAGAUAAUCUAACGAAAAUAGAAAUUCAACAAAGAGUAUAAAGCAAAACUGUACUGUGUGUUUAAAAAGUUUCAGGAUUGAGUACAUUUUUCUAACGAUCAUAACGUGCAGAAAGACACUUAAUUUAAUGUUUAUUUGUCUUCGUUUUUAUUGAAUUCAAAUAGCGCAUUAAAUUAAAUAUUGUAUUUUGCGAACAAAUAAUUAGUUUUUUUCAAAAAAUUUGUUCAAUUAUCGUUGUUUUAGUUCUGAAAUGUUUUCAACAUACCUUGCUCAUACGAUAUAAGCUAUGUGUUUACUAUUUCGUGGAGCUGGCACAUGAAAUCGCGCUUCGCCUCUCUGAUAUCUCUUAAGGAGUCAUAUCUCUCACUACUUAUUAAUAUCACUUUUAUAAAGAUUUAUCGUGCAAUUUACAGUAUCAUAAAUUUACAGGCUCUACAUCGUGCAAUAGAAUCAACCGCUGCUUACGCUUUAUAAGCGAAUAUAGCAACUCAUAGUAUCGCUUACAUACAAUAUCGCCCUUAAUCCGUCAUGCAGUGAUUUCUGCGUCGCUCCACGAAAUAAAUGAUGAAAUUCAGAGGCAUACAUCGUGUUUUUUAGUAGAAACGAGAGACCGUAGACUGUCUUAGAGCCCAGUGAGAAACAAGAUUGAUGACGGACAAAAAGUUGAACCCUGGUGUAAUCAAUGCAGUCGCGAGACAAAUAAUAAUCGGUCGAAUCCUAAUGGAAUGAGCUAAGGAAACAAUUGUAAUACGAGCAACGCAACGCGAUGCAAUUGAGACUACACAUAAACGAGCCUGUAACACAAGACUGAUUAGCUAAUCCUACUAUACAUCCGUAAUCUCUCAGUAAGUUAAAGAUACAAGACACAAAAUGGUAGAAGUUUCAUAUCCCCUAACACCUCGAUUGGUUUACUUCAUUUAUUGUUCUCGCCGUGCAUCCACUUGACGAUACAUUGCGCAGUUCAUUUCGAGAUUUCUUAAUUAUAUGCGAUUCAUGGUUGUUUCUCGUUCCUACGACGUCGCGCACAUAUCGUUGUGUCACUUUGGUUCCCCUGCUUGUCGGAACAGGUGUUAAGUAUAUGGGGUUGUCUGUUUCUGAACGAGAAUCUGUGUUUAAUGUUGACGUUUUUAUAUAAUUCGGAGGGAUGCAUUUUCUUGAAAUUAUUCAACCUUUGUCCAUUUAGACGAUUAAGGCUCAAAUCAGACUUCUCUCAAAAUAAAACGGUAGGCCCUGUUAUCCAUUUACAUUGUUAUUUUAUUUGAUUAAACUUUAUUACUUAAACGUGUAGUUCGCGCAAAUUUUUCUCCCCGGAAAAAUAACCGUUUGAAAAUUGACUUUAGAUUGAUCAAAAUAUUUUUUAACGGAGUAAUACAUUAAUCUCAAGAUACCCUAUAUAUCAACGACUAAAGUACCAGUGACCUAAUAGCAAGUACCUAAACGCUAUUCGAAAUAUUUAUAUAUAUUAUACGUUGGAUAAGUCGCGCGAUAUCGCAGGUGUACAGACGUGUAAGACAAUGUCAAAAGUAUAAGAGAAGAAAUUUAUGUAAGUUGCAGGAAAGAUACAAAUCUUCUAGGACAUGCCGUCGCUAUCUUUAAUGCUGUUUUUCGCUCUCUCUUUCUUUGAAGUGUUCAAUAUUUCAUCCUUUUUUUUCUAUUCUUAGCAGCUCUAGAUUAACGAUCACGCGAUUAUUCGUUCCCAUUUUCAGAUGUCCAAAAAUUCUGUUCACUAGCGAAGUGCCAAGCUAAGCUAUACUUAUUUAUUGAAAAGUUGUUAUUCUUCUGACUGAGAGCACCGAUUGUAUAUCGUAACAGCUUGAACUCUUGACCGAAUAAUCGGACUACAUCGCGAUCGUGUACUUAUAGCCUUGGAUCCAUACCAAAACCAUUUUUUGCCCCUCGCUACUCUGCCGGGUUCAUUUAACGUAUAAAUAUUUGUGUUUUUUUUUCUGUUUAGAUUAAACUUUUUCGGAAGAAAUUUAAUGCGUUCCAGAAGGCGGUAAAAACAAGGGUAUACACGAUAAAGAAGCACGAUUGAUGACAGAUAUACCAUUGAUCGCCACGGCAAAUGUAUCAUAAUAAUAAGCCUCGCGCUCGUAUUCUGAAGUAUUUAAUGUAAUAACGAAUGAAAGCAGUUAACGCUUAGACCACAUGUACAUGUACUACAUAUGAAGUAAAUAUGGUAAGUAAGAUUAACACGAAAAUGUUUCCUAUACGACCGCGAGUCUCGGUAUCAUAAGAACGGCGUGCGAUCGUGCUAAUUUAGGCCUAUAGUUCGAUAGCUCUGUAAUAUAAUAAUCUAGGAUUAAGAUAGUACGUAAACAGUGUCUGGAAAUUGUAUAACUGUAAAAUGCAGAGAUGUGCCUGUUGACGCGCAUAUUGAGCGAUUUAAUAAAUGUGUGACUCGAUAUAUUCACUUGAACAUACGUAAAUUGUGUAAGACGGUGGUUUAAGGAUGUAAGCCAAUGCGCCGAUAUCAAUGUACAUCUGUAUCAAUGAUGAAAAAAUGUUUGAAGAAUAUCGGACAUAACGCAGAAGAACCGCAUUUUUCUUUCGUUGUAGAAAUUAAGUGAAGUGCUGCAUACUCUGACCGCGUCCGUGCGUGAAUAAUUAGUCUCCCGGUGUUUGUUUUUUCCUCGACUGAAGCAUAACUAUUCAUGUCGAAACGUCGAGGAGGCAUAUUGACAUAGGAUUACUCCAUCUCGAUCCGCAAUUUUUUUUGUAUUUAUUCUGUAAAUGAAGCUAAUUUAGAGCGCAAUCGCAGCUCGAGAAACUAUGAGUCGAUAACUUAAUGGACUUUUUUGCAUUUUAGCAAAUAUAUGAGUAUUGCGGUGACUCAAUUCUUUUUGCAACUGAUAUCACGCCCUUCAUACUUUGAGAUUAUUAUCAAUUUUUGGACAUAUGUUGAUUUUAGGAGGUCUUAAUCGAUAUUUUGGUUAUUAAUUUUUUGUUACGGAUUAAUCUUUAGCGCCUAUAUUUAAAUAAAAGAAUCUUCCAGAAUGAAACAAGGCUCUGAUUAUGAAAUUACUUCUGUCUUAUGAUGAAAAUGACUUUGAUUAUAGUGUCGUGUCAGCUUUCAGAUUUUCGUUCGAAUAUUAAACUCUGUUCGCAAAUAGUUCCUUUCUUUACUGUUUCUACAUUUACAUGUAGCUGAGAUCUCUAUUUCUUCUAUCGUGUGUAUUGCAUAGCAUACGUGUAUCAUUAUAUACUCAUAUAUAUAUAACAAAAAAAUAUGUUCUACCAUUCAAUCCACACACAUUAACUACUUUUUACUUUACAAUAGAAGUUACUUCCAACUACAUAACUGCUCAAUAGAUUGCUCAAGUUCUAUAACGAUUUAACAAUAAGAUAGCACCAUAAAACAAGUAACGAAUCACGCACCAAUAUUUUACAUCACGUUGCAUAAAAAUAUAAGGAAUCCGAGAGUCUUCAAAUUAUUACUGAAUUUCAGAAUAAUUAAUCUAAGUAACAUUUUUAUGAAUUUGCAAAUGUUUUAAUGGUUUAUUUUACGCUUUGGCAGCUUAUAAUUUAUAGACAACGAUUUAACUGUUGGCAAAAAUCGAAAAAAUAUCUUCCGUUUUUAUAUACAUUGCUAUAAAAAUCGAUUUCUUUUAUUAGAAUUGCACAUAUUUGAGCGACGUCCAGUUGUUCCUAUCGUAAGGACAUCGAUGCUAUUUUUAUCAGACUGUGUUAUACAGCAGCCCGUAUUUAUCGUUAAUUGUACGUGUUUUCUGUGCUUAUCGCAGCUAUCACUCAUAUGCACUUAUUUAAAUAAUAAAUAUUGUUUCAGCGCUCAUACGUAGUACCGUAACAAUAUAUUACGUAGAUUUAUUUUUUACGGUUAUGUAGAGAAAACGAAACGUUCAGGAAUAUUUCGUUUGUCCAAACGAUGAUCGAUGCUGCCUUAUUCAAACUGCUAAGAAUAAAUAAAGUCACCAAUAACGCAACGAAUGCUCAAACGAUUAAUUUGCAAUUUGCAAAUUACGAAUGUAAUAGAAGCAAAGUUGUCUUGUCAAUUUACGAUCAGCUGUGAUACAGAUGUGCAAAGAGAAUAAAUCGGUAAAUUUUUUCUCUUUUUCGCUAGAUGCUUCUCAGCGACGUUUUGUGCACCGGUUCAGCCUCCAAAUGUUUGUAAAUAGCGCUUCGACUAAUUUACAACAAAGCCGUGAGCAAAUGUACGAAUUGCACGCGAGACUGUAUGACUUUAGGCUAUGAGAUGUGGAUGUAUAAUAGUUUGAUGUAAUAAUGGACAGAAGUGUGUUUAUAGUACGUUAAAUAAAAUCAAUACAUAUUAUUUAACAGGAUACGUAUCCAUUCGUACGCAGAGCUUCCUUUAACGAAGAUCGCGAAUGAUGAAGAAAAGAGUAGAGAAGCACUCGCGUCAUUUCUUUUCAAAAAUAUAUGUCGAAAAAUGUUUUUAUCGCUGCUGUCGAGCUCUGUAAAUUCGAAUGUAUGCUAGUUCUUUGUCGCAGUCAUUAAAUGGAUUGAAUAGCCUCCGAUAUACCGUUGCGCGUUAUUCUCUCGUAAACAGGAGGAUGCGAAAUUAAAGAUUAGCCUAACGUCUUUUCAUACGUAACGCUGCGAUGAUAUAUGAGCCGCUUACGAUAAGGUGGUGUAUAAUCUGGUUUUGAAAUGCAGAAUUUCAUGAGAAUUAAUUAUAUCUAAUGUUAAUGAUAAAUCGUCAUUAUUUAUUAUGUAUAUCAAUUGAUACAAAGCUUAUAUCAAUUAAUAUAAACUCACAUCGAACGAUUUUGAUACUGUUUUCAAAACAAAUAGAUUUACAUCACUUUGAAAAUAAAUACGAAAAUGAAUAAUA